AUGGUCAUAUCCUUUGGCAGCACCUUUGUCUAUUUUUUCUACACCUAUGGCGAAGAGACCCGCGUCGCCUUCAUCCCCAUCCCGGAAGUCACUGGCACCAUGUGGGAGGUGCUGGAUCUGAUCACCUCCGUGAUUUUCUUGAGCGAAUUCGCUGCGCGCUUGGUUUUCACUGGCAAGUCGUACCUGCCGAUCUACAUGGUCAUUGACUUCUUGAGUUGGCUCCCCGGCCUUUGCUCCAGCGCCUUGUGGUUCUCUAAAGGCUCCGCCCCUGCGUGGCUGCAGGGCCUAUGCGUCUUGCGCGUCUUGAAGCCCGAGCGAUACCUCGGUGCCUUCGCUUCCAUGAUUUCGAUCCUGGCGGAGCAUGGAGCCAUUUUGAAGGCCACGGCCCUGGUGAGCUUUUUGCUAUGGCUGUUGGUGUCCAGCAUGUUGUACUUCACGGAGCGGAACAAUCCGGACGAGGAGCUGCAGGACUGGCUGCGAGAUCUCAGCGAUGAGGAAUGGCCGUGGUGCGACUACACCUGGCAGGGCAAGGCCAUUGGAACCUUCCUGAACUUCAUGAGCAUCGGGCCCCUUGGAAAUCUCCAUGAGAAAAAAAGUUGA